CUUCACUUGCAAAUGGCUCUCUCUCCUUCUUCUCUGCUUCUUCCACUUGGUUCUGGUUCUGGCAAAACUCUGUCUACUUGUUGUCAUGGUGUUUCCUGUGACAAGGUUCGAGGUGUGUUUGCGCGGUGCUGGAACAUGAAACUUGGAGUCAGAGCUUCAGGGACUAGAGUAUAUGGCGAUGAGAUGAAUUUCAUUAAGCGGAGGGAGGUUAUUGGCCUGGUUUUGGGAGUUUCAAGCCUCCUUUUGGAGUCAGUUGAGGCCAAAGCAGCCGGCUUGCCUCCUGAGGAAAAACCAAGACUAUGUGAUCAGAUAUGCGAGAAAGAGCUUGAAAAUGUACCGAUGGUGACUACCGACUCUGGUUUGCAGUACAAGGAUAUAAAAGUUGGUGAAGGCCCUAAACCUCCUAUUGGUUUUCAGAGAUGAAGAAGUAAAACAGCUUGAAGUCAAGCGUUUCCUUUCGCUGACCAGGUCAGGUUACCAUCUCUUGAAGGUCUUUCUAUCUAAUGUCACUUGAUUUAUGGUUCUUUUACCGAGGGUACAUUAUUUCACCGGUAAUAGCUUUUCUUCGUACAUUACUUGCAUUGCUUCUUGGAUAAUGUUUGUCAACUACUGAAAAAGCUUUCUUCUUAGUUGUUGCGUGCAUACUUUGAUAUUACCUUAACGUCAAGCUCAAGAAUCAAAUGU